GUACCUGCUUGCUGGCAGGGACGUGCUCAGUGCUCACACACACAGCCCGUCAAGUCGGAAGACGGAAGGCUGAUUUAUACGUGUGAAAUGUUUCUCUUAUUCUACAAGUGCAAUCAGCCUUACAUUUCUACCAUACAUUUUUUCACAAAGUAACAUGUUUGGAAGUCUGGCUUUGCAAGUCCUAUUCUAUGGCGUCAUAGGAAGCUUUACCGUGAUCACCCCCGCGCUGCUCCAUUUCCUUACGAAAGGCUAUGUCAUUCGGUUGUACCACGAGCCCACGACCGACACGUACAAAGCCAUUACUUAUAGCGUUGUGCUCUCGGAAACAAGCACAGUGUUCCACCAGGACGACGUGAAGAUUCCAAGCAGCGCGCACGUGUUUACCACGUUUUACGCUAAGACAAAGUCACUGUUAGUUAAUCCUGCGCUCUUUCCAAACCCUGAAGACUACAACCAUCUAAUGGGCUAUGACAAACCGUUCACCUUCGAUGCGGAGGACAGUGAGAAGGAAUAGCCUGGGGAGGAGAAAUGAGCCUGUUGUCUUUAUGGAUGUGCUUCCGUGUAAUUUGUGUUUCCGGGUGUGAAACUGCCUUUACUUUUGUAUUGUUAGUCAUUGUUGAAAAUAAUUUGAAACUGUGAGGGCUUCUAGUAAUUUCAGAGAGUGAUCCUUUAUAAGAGAGUAGCUGUGUGUGAAAAAUAAAACAUGGCCUCAUGUUUGUUUUAAGAAGCAAAUAUA